GCUCCGCUCUGGCUGCCCUGCUCCGGAGUUUGAAAGAGGACAAAAUGGAGUACAAACUGAUCAUGGCGGUGUCCGGCUUCCCGAGCCUCUACGACAUGAACUCCCCGACCUACCGGGACCUGAACAUGCGGAGCGACGCGUGGCGGCAGGUCGCGGAGAUCGUCGGAGUCCCCGAGUCAGAGUGCAGGAGGAAGUGGAAAACGCUGAGAGACCAACACAGGAGGGAGAGGCAACGCGAGAAGGAGAGACGCGAGAGCGGCAUCGGGCUCUUUAACUACCGGCCGUGGAGAUACUCCUCGAUCCUGUCCUUUUUGAACCCCUUCAUCGAUGCCCGGGCGGCGGGCACCAACGGCUGGGCUCUGGACCCGCAGCCCUCUCAGGCGCAGGCGGCUGAGAUGGUGGGCUGCAGCACGACCACGGAGACGCGGAGCGACGACGAUGAGAGUUACGGCUUCGCUGUAGCAGAUGCAACAACAACAACAUCUUCAUCCUCUUCCUCAGAGUUCCUCCAGAGAAAGCGACCUCCUUCUGCCAGCUUGGACCCGUCUAGACCCAAAGAAGCGAAGGUUGAGGUGAGCUCGGGCGCUGCGGCCGCAGACGACAGCAUGCAAACGCAGCAACACACCAACGUGAAGGAGCUGUUUGAGAUGAUGAUGCACUCGGUGACGUCCCUAGCUGCGACCUUAGCUUCUUCGCACUCUUCCUCGCAGCCCUCGGAGCAGCAGACGCCUCCCGCGCAGUCUUCAGUCCUGCAGCAGGAGCCGCAGACUCAUCGCAGCCCGCCGCCUUCCUGGACCGCGGCGCGGCUGAACCAGCUGAAGACGGAGGAGCCGGAAGGCGAGGUGGCUGAGCUGCUGGUCCAAACGGACGAUGAGGAGGUGGAGGAAGAAGAGUGCCACCCAGUGUCUCCCAGGCCCACUCGGGCAAAGAGGAAGAGCGUCGAUGGGCUUCUGGAGGAGUUCCUGAGGAGGAUGGAGGCCAGGGAGGCCCAGAGGGACCGGGACGCGGACCAGAGGGACGAUGUGACGCUGUUCCUGCUGAGCUUGGCUCCGGCCAUGAGGAGACUGACGGUGGAGAAACAGUCGUGGGUCAGAACCAAGAUGCAGCAGUUCCUGCACGAGGCCGAGUUUGGCACCGUGAAGUUCCAGUGACUCCUCAAACACUUGAUAGAUUUUAACAGAACCUCAUCUGACGAGGACCGAGGGACGUUUCCGUCUUACCUGCAGACUCCAGAGCUUCUUACCCUUUCUUACAGCAGACAGGUGCUUCCUGGUUUUCUGUUUUAAUCAGUGACUGAACGAAGUCCAGAUGCCUGAACUAUGAAGGAUCAUUGAGGUAACUUUGGCGUUAAUGCCUGAUUCCAGUGUUAUAAAGGCUCCUAUUGGUAACUUAAACAGCUCAGUGUGGCCCUCGGUGCUCGGGCAGUCGAAGAGUCUCUGAUGAGUUUUUAUGACCAUCUUUAUUCCUGCAGGAUGAAUUAUUGCAAAUUUCAAAUUAAUAUUUUAUUGUUCUGCAAGCCUUAAAGUGCUGAAAUGAUGCGAAGCCUGAGCGUCUAACUGUCCCACUUUAGCACACAGGCUGCACUUGAAUUCCCUCAGACUGUAAAACAGUGCAGCGGAUGGACGAUGACAGAGCAGGCCCGUCCUGCUGCGACUCGUCUGCUCUCAUACACAGUCGGCAUUAAUCCUCUCCAGUCUCACUCACUGCAGUGUUUAGCACACACACUCAUAUUGCACCUUUUAAUACUUUCCUAUUGUACAGCAUUUUUCUGUCACAAACACUCACACACACCCUUUGUUUUGUAUUACAUCCACCUUAGAUCACGAGUUUAACCUCUUUGUAUUUUUCUAAUGUGCUUCAGGCUCCGCCUCUUUGAUCGAUUAGUGAUCCGUGUAGCCUGAAUCCUGAUGUUGGGCUGAGGGAAAGUUUCUGGCCUAAAUUCAAAUUCACUCACUGUAAACAUGGAUGAUGUCCUCCAGCAUCAUUUCAAAGGGACGUCCUGUUCAGUCAGUGACCUGAAAACAGCUCGAUGUUCCUCUGGGAUCUUCAGCUUGUGGACCUUCGUUCUGUAAACAGCACUUUAUUUAAUGUACAACGCAAGCCAACAUUUCGUUCAGCUUUUAUUUUGGAAGGAUGGUCACAUGACCUUGGCUUUAUUGUUAUUGGAGGUCAAACUGACCACAGUUAACAGUCAAUUCAAUUCA